AUGUUUCUCGCUGAUAGGGUGACCCUCAAGGAGCGACUAUGUCAGAUUAAAUGGGGUUGGUACUCAAUGUCCAUGGCUACUGGAGGUAUCUCUGUUCUCCUCUACCGGACACCUCACCAAUUUACUGGACUUGAGAUCAUCGGAAAGAUCAUUUACAUUUUCAACUUGGCCUUCUUUCUCGCGAUCACAUCAUGCAUGGCCGUCCGUUUCAUUUCUAGGCCAGUGGCCCUCAAAGAGUCAUUCCGAGAUGGCAAUGAAAGUUAUUACGCGCCAACAUGCCUACUAGCUAUCGCUACUAUCAUCCUCGGAGCAGUCGGCUAUGGAACCAGCGCCUGCGGCCCCUGGCUGCAGAUUGCCUUACGAAUCGUCUUCUGGAUCUACGUCGCCCUGUCUACACUCUCAGCAAUAUUCCAUAACUGGUAUCUGUACCACCUAGCUAUGGCUAGCCAGCAACCUUUUCCAAUAGCCCAACUACUGCCCUCUUUCCCAGCCAUGCUUUCCGGCACGAUUGCAUCAUCUAUUGCGGCGAAUCAACCAAGAGACCAAGCGAUACCCAUUCUCAUCGGCGGUGCUACAUUACAAGGCUUCGGUUUCAUCAUGUCUUUGCUCAUUUACGCCGAAUACCAAUAUUUCCUCGCCAAGCACGGUCUUCCAGAACGGGCUAAACGGCCGCAGAUGUUUAUUGCUGUUGGACCAUGGAGCUUUACUGCUCUUGCAUUGAUCGGUAUGGCAAAGGAGGCGGUGAAAGCCUUGCCUUCGCGAUAUAUAAUUUCAUACGCAGAUCCCAUGUCUACUGGAAACACCACUGUGAGCACUGGUGACAUUGCACUAGUCAUUGCUUCAUUCUUUGCUAUUUUUGUUUGGACUAUGGCUUUCUUCCACCUUUGUAUUGCUGCUAUUAGCAUUUUGGCUUCUGCUAAAAUGUUUGGCGGUGCGGGGGCACCUCCCAUGUCAGUUGUGUAUUGGGGUAUGGUUUUCCCCAACACGGGAUUUAUUAUAGCAACAAUCAGUAUAGGAGAGGUAUUGCAAUCACCGGCCAUCCUGUGGGUCACUUCGGUUCUGACCGUGUUGCAAGUUAUGAUGUGGUUAGGUGUGGGAUGUGCUACCAUACUUGCAGUUGCGAGACGUCAAAUGUUAUGGCCGGAGGGUGUCAAGAGAGGAAACGAAGAUGAGGUUUCAUGA